AUUUUUCUUCUUCUUCUUCUUUGUCCUAAAUCGUACUCCACCGCCAAACUAUACUUUUCUUUCUUUUGCUUUUUUUCUUCUCUUCAUUUUUUUCGUUUGGAUUUCUCAACUAACUUAGUUAGGGAUAUCUCCGGUCAUGGAUCUCAGGCGGAGACAGUGGUUCUUGUCGGCUAUUUUGCUGUCGGCGGCGUUGCUGAUUGACCCGCAAUUCUCGACGGCGGCGACGGCUUCGGAGAAUUUGGUAUUUGAAGUUCGAAGCAAGUUCGCCGGAAAAAGAGUAAAAGAUCUUGGAGCUCUCAGAGCUCACGACGUCCACCGUCACUCAAGACUCCUCUCCGCCAUCGAUAUUCCUCUCGGCGGCGAUAGCCAGCCUGAGUCUAUUGGGUUCGAAUCGCCAUUUACCAGAACCUGUAAUUUUGGGAAUUUUUUAACAAAAAGUCGGAUUUUUUUUGUCUUUUUUAAAUGUGGAAUCUGAAGAAAAAACAAAGCUUUUGAAUCUAUUGAGAUUCUCAACUCUUUGAUUGGUUCUUGACUCAUUAUGAAAUGGUCUUCUUCUUGUGUCUUCUACGGUAAAAUGUUGAUUCUUGUUCUUUAUGUUUGUUGUUUUUAAUUUCAGUUUAUACUUCGCUAAAAUCGGACUCGGAACUCCAUCAAGAGACUUCCAUGUUCAAGUUGAUACAGGAAGUGAUAUCUUAUGGGUGAAUUGUGCUGGUUGCAUCAGAUGUCCUAGGAAAAGUGAUCUGGUAGAGCUGACACCUUAUGAUGUGGAUGCUUCGUCCACUGCAAAAUCUGUUUCGUGCAGUGACAACUUUUGCUCUUACGUUAACCAAAGAUCUGAGUGUCACUCAGGUUCUACUUGUCAGUAUGUUAUUAUGUAUGGCGAUGGGAGUUCAACUAAUGGAUACUUGGUGAAAGAUGUUGUUCAUUUGGAUUUAGUUACUGGAAAUCGUCAAACCGGUUCCACCAACGGAACUAUUAUCUUCGGAUGUGGGUCUAAACAGUCUGGUCAGCUCGGAGAGUCACAAGCUGCGGUUGAUGGGAUAAUGGGAUUUGGACAAUCAAAUUCAUCGUUUAUAUCGCAGCUAGCUUCACAAGGAAAGGUCAAAAGGUCUUUUGCGCAUUGUUUGGAUAACAACAAUGGAGGUGGUAUAUUCGCCAUUGGAGAAGUCGUGUCGCCGAAAGUAAAGACUACACCUAUGCUCUCUAAAUCAGCUCACUAUAGUGUCAACCUCAAUGCAAUUGAAGUUGGUAAUUCAGUUUUAGAACUUUCUUCGAAUGCUUUUGAUUCGGGAGAUGACAAAGGAGUUAUUAUUGAUAGUGGUACAACUCUGGUGUAUCUUCCUGAUGCUGUUUAUAACCCGUUACUGAAUGAGAUAUUGGCUUCACAUCCAGAGCUUACUUUGCAUACAGUUCAAGAGUCGUUUACUUGUUUCCAUUAUACAGACAAAUUAGAUCGGUUCCCAACUGUCACUUUUCAGUUUGACAAGUCUGUUUCAUUGGCGGUUUAUCCUCGGGAAUAUCUAUUCCAAGUUCGAGAAGACACAUGGUGUUUUGGCUGGCAAAAUGGUGGAUUGCAGACUAAAGGAGGAGCUUCAUUAACAAUUCUUGGAGACAUGGCCCUCUCUAACAAGUUAGUUGUCUACGAUAUCGAAAACCAAGUCAUUGGAUGGACCAAUCACAACUGCUCAGGAGGAAUACAAGUCAAGGAUGAAGAAAGUGGAGCAAUCUAUACUGUUGGUGCUCACAACCUCUCAUGGUCGUCUUCUUUAGCUAUUACAAAACUUCUUACACUUGUUUCUCUCUUAAUUCCUUUCUUCUGUAACGUUGCUUUAUAGUUUCAGAUAAAAACCCUCUUGGGACAAAGUUUAUUCCUUCUGUUGUUUAUCAUUAAAGGAACUGAUUCCCAUUUCUUGAAAAACAAUUGCCACUUUCAUGAUCGAGAGAAAGGGAUUGACACAAAUUCUGUAACUGGAA